AUGCAGCACAUACAUUACCAAUAUGCAGCACAUACAUUACCAAUAUGCAGCACAUACACUACCAAUAUGCAGCACAUACACUACCAAUAUGUAGCACAUACAUUACCAAUAUGCAGCACAUACAUUACCAAUAGCCAGCACUUACAUACAGUAUUACCAAUAUGCAGCACAUACAUUACCAAUAGCCAGCACUUACAUACAGUAUUACCAAUAUGCAGCAAAUACAUUACCAAUAUGCAGCACAUACAUUACCAAUAUGCAGCACAUACAUUACCAAUAUGCAGCACAUACAUAACCAAUAUCAAGCACAUACAUUACCAAUAUGCAGCACAUACAUUACCAAUAUGCAGCACAUACAUUACCAAUAUGCAGCACAUACACUACCAAUAUGCAGCACAUACACUACCAAUAUGUAGCACAUACAUUACCAAUAACCAGCACUUACAUACAGUAUUACCAAUAUGCAGCACAUACAUUACCAAUAUCAAGCCCAUGUUACUCCUAUUGUUCUGUUAUAUCAUACCAUGUAUUAUUAAAGACUUUGCCUUUCUUUUUCCUUUAUUGUUUCCUAAUGAGACAGAUUGGAAGCUUUCCCUAAACAUAAAACCACAUUUCCUUCAAUUUACAAAUAUGUCAUUCACAACACUGGUUCAUGCUUAUAUAAAUGCAGCGGACUUUCACAUUUUGUAUUAUAUCUUCUACUCUAUGAGCAUUAUUUCAUUUUAAUAAAUAAAAAUACCCGAGAUCUUUAAUUUGCAUUGUUUCAAGGGUCUAUUUCACAUUACUAUUCAACCUUGGACACUAGAUGUAAAUUUUUUUGUUUAUGUGCAUGUCACGAGUGCACCCUAUUUAGGAAUCCACAGACAACAGCUGCAGACUCUAUUUUACUUUAUUUACUGAGGCAGUCCACAUCCAACAGCUGCAGACCCUAUUCUAGUUCAAUUACUAACCUGCAACAGCUGCAAACCCUAUUCUUUUCGAUAACUGAGGUAGUUCAAAAGGUACAGAUGUAGACCCUAUUUUAUUUUAGGUGCAGAGGGAGUCCACUAACAGCAGCAGAUCCAAUUUUAUUUCAAUUGCUACAAUAGUCCACACACAACAGCUGCAGAUCCCAUUUUAUUUCAAUUGCUAAGAUAGUCCACAUGCAACAGCUGCAGACCCUGUUAUUUUAGUUGCAGAGGUAGUCCACACACAACAGCUGCAGAUCCCAUUUCAUUUCAAUUGCUAAGAUAGUCCAGACACAACAACUGCAAAUCCUAUUUUAGUUGCACAGGGAGUCCACACACAACAGCUGCAAAUCCUAUUUUAGUUGCACAAGGAGUCCACACACAACAGCUGCAAAUCCUAUUUUAGUUGCACAGGGAGUCCAUACACAACAGGUGCAGAUCCUAUAAGAUGAGGAAGCUUGCAGAUUUUCCUACUGGGAUUUAUGAAGUCCAAUAGUUUUGCACCAGAUUUUCCUGCAAUCCAUGACUUGAUAAACUCCUCUGUGAACUUGUCAAUGUCUUUAUCAGUGAUGUCCCAUAGGCAUGCAACAAUAGAUGGCCUGGAAAUACAGGGUUAACAGUUAAUUUAUUACACGUAACAAUACAAAAUAUGUCUCAUGGAUUUAGGAUAUUUCUUU